UUCAACACUACUAUAUAACAAAUAAUUUGAGAAAGCACACAGAGUAAUGCUUAAGUUCGGUAACAGAAAUAAUUUUCUAAAGAAGGCAUAUAAUUAUUCUCGCUCUCUCUCCUCAAAACCAAACGGAUUCCUUGAGCAACACGAAAGUGUUGAAACAAGACAUGCUAAAGACAACGCUGAGGUUGUAAUAAUUGGAGGAGGAUGUGUUGGUACUAGUUUGGCGUAUCAUCUCGCAAAGUUUGGAGUGAAAAAUGUGGUGCUUCUUGAGAAAACUGAACUCACUGCUGGAUCAACAUAUAGUGCAGCUGGUCUGACAACAUACUAUAAUCAUGGUAUCAACAUGCGGAACCUACAUUACGAGUCACUUAAGCUUUUCGAAACAAUUGAAGCAGAAACUGAUCAGGAAAUUGGAUUUAACGCCACUGGUUCACUCCGUUUGGCCCAUACAAAAGAGCAUUUCAACGAGUUCAAAUACAUGAUGAGCCGACAUACGUGGCAGCGAGCCAACGAGCAUCUAGUUGUCCCCGACACUAUAGAACAGAUGCAUCCUUUUCUGAACAUGGAGGGAAUUAAAGGGGGGUUAUACACCCCUGGUGAUGGACAUACCGACCCUUAUAGUCUUACUAUGGCGUAUGCUAAAGGAGCCCGAAUGUAUGGAGCAACAUUAGUGCAAGACUGUAUAGUCACUGUGGAUACACCUUCUGGAAAAAUAAACACAAAGCAACUGGUGAACGCUGCCGGAUUCCACGCCCGAGAAAUCGGGCAGAUGUCGGGGCUUAAUCUACCUCUUGCUCCUGUGCACCAUCAGUACCUGGUUUCUGCAAGUGUUCCCUUAUUGGAAGACUGGCAGAAGAACCAGAACGGUCGUCAGAUUCCAACUAUUCGGGAUCUUAGAGGUUCUUAUUACGUGAGACAAGAGCGAACAGGACUAUUGAUUGGACCGUACGAGGCACCAGAUAAGAUGAAGAUUCAGGAGGACUGGUAUGAUAACGGCAUCCCUAGAGGCUUCUCUAAAGAAGCAUACGAAAGUGAUUUGGAUCGUAUUGAUAGGUGCAUAGAACAUUGUAUGGAACUAAUGCCAAUAAUGCAGGAAACUGAAAUUAAGAACGCAAUAGCAGGACCGAUUACAUACUCUCCCGACAUGUUACCGAUGAUGGGUCCAACUCACCACCUAACUAAUUACUGGCUAACAGUCGGAUUUGGCUGCUUCGGUAUUGUGCAUUCUGGAGGUGCUGGAAAAUACCUUGCUAGAUGGAUGAUAAACGGAGAACCUGACUACGAUCUGAUAGAAUGUGAUCCAGAUAGAUUUUCUGACUGGACGGACAGGAAGUUCCUAAUGGCGAAGGCUCGAGAGUCCUACGGAAUGAACACCUCACCUGCGUACCCUAAAGAGGAGAGGUGGGCAGGACGACCUACCGAGAGAGUGAGCGGAGCUUACCAGGAAAUUAAAGAAAGAGGAGCUGCGUUUGGGUUCAAUGCUGGGUGGGAACAGGCGCGCUUCUUUGCAACUCAAGGGGAACUCAAGACCACACCAGCCUGUUACACGAGGAAACAUUGGCAUGAUGCCGUAGGCAGAGAAGUUGAUCUCAUUCUCAACGGAGUUGGUGUAGCUGAUCUCACUUAUUUCGGGAAGUUCAUUUUGGAAGGUCCAGGUGCAACUAAGUUCCUCUCCUCGAUGGUUGCUAAUACUCUACCCAAGGAACAACAAGUUAACCUCUCUCACAUGCUUACUCCUAACGGUAAAGUUUACGCUGAACUAACAAUAUCUAGACUUGGAAAAGACCGGUAUUAUCUGGUGACAAGUGCUGGCAGUGAAUUACAUGAUCUCAGGUGGCUGAAGCAUCAUAUGCCUGAGAAUGCAGAUUUUACACUGCAGAACGUGACCGAUCAAAUGGGAGUUCUAGCAGUAACCGGGAAAUAUUCCCGUGACGUCAUGACCAAGCUUACUGACAGUGCUAUGUCUGAAAUGAGCUUGGCCGGAUAUGAUGUUCAGGCAACAAGGAUUUCGUACACUGGUGAGUUAGGAUGGGAAAUUCAUCAUGAUCGAAACGACACAGGCGCCCUUUACAAAAGAAUUUUAGAAGCAGGAGCUGAAUUUGAGAUCGGAGAUUAUGGUUGGUUUGCAACAAACUCCUUAAGACUUGAAAAAGGAUUGAGGCACUGGGGAGACGAGAUGAAUCUGGAUAAGAACCCUUUCGAAGCCGGUUUAGGGUCCUUCAUAAAAACAAACAAAAAAACACCUUUCAUCGGUCAAGAGGCUUGUAAGGAAAUGCUACGUAACGAGUUGAAGACUAAGUUAAAGGUACGUACCGUACGUACUUGCCAUCUUAGGAGCAAACUAGUGAUGUUGACUGUUGAUACUCAUGGUUAUUUGGAUCCGGAGGGUAACGAGACUAUUUGGUUUAACAACCGGGUGGUUGGUAACACUACAUCUGGAGCCUGGAGUUACAGCGCCAAUACAAGUAUUUGCAUGGCAUACCUCCCAACCAGUCUCAGUGAGCAAGGUUCCAAUGUGUACGUUGAACUCCUAGGCAAGAGAUACAAAGCCACUGUAGUCAACGACCCGAUGUACGAAACAGAGGCAGUUAGAUCGAGAAAUGAUCUCAAAGAGCUGCAGAUACGGUAUAUCGUCCAUAUCAAAUCUCUGAACGUGUACGUGUAUCUAAAGAGAUAA